AUGUCGCGCCCCGAAGAUAUCCUCCCUCCCGACCUCUUCUACAACGACAAUGAAUCGCGAAAGUAUACAAAAUCCUCGCGAAUCCGCAACAUCCAGGCGAACAUGACCAGCCGAGCCCUGGAACUCCUCGACCUAAAAUCCCCCUCCCUAAUCCUCGAUCUCGGCUGCGGCUCGGGGCUAUCAGGCGAAAUGCUCUCGGAAGUCCCACCCUCAGAAGGCGGGCCACACACCUGGAUCGGCAUGGACAUAUCACCGAGCAUGCUAGACGUCGCGCUCCAACGCGACGUAGAAGGCGACCUCUUCCUCGCGGACAUCGGGCAAGGCGUCCCCUUCCGACCGGGCACAUUCGACGCGGCAAUCAGCAUCAGUGCGAUCCAAUGGCUGUGCAACGCAGAAACGAGCGACGUAACCGCCGAAGGUCGUUUAAAGCGCUUUUUCGAGGGUCUCUAUGCGAGUCUGCGUCGCGGUGGGCGGGCGGUCUGUCAGUUCUAUCCUAAGAAUGAUGUGCAGCGCAGUAUGAUCAGUGGGGCUGCUAUCAAAGCCGGCUUUGGGGCCGGUAUCCUCGAGGAUGACCCUGGCACUAAGAGCAGCAAGUUGUAUCUGGUGCUGACUGUUGGUGGUGGUGGGUUGACGGGGGAUAUUACGGGUGUUGUGAAUGGGAUGGAUGAUGUUAGUGUUUUGGAUGCUAGGCGCAAGGCGUCGGAGAUCAAUAAUGCUAGGGCUCCGAGGAAGGGUGAUAAGGCUUGGAUUUUGAGGAAGAAGGAGCAGAUGGAGAGGAAGGGUAAGGUUGUUAAGGCUUCGUCGAAAUAUACUGGCCGCAAGCGACGGAUCGCUUUCUGA